ACUAGUACCAUAAACAGUAGAAGUAAACAGAUAAAAAAAAUAAGCUGGCAAGCGGAAUAUCACAUAGAAUUUUACACGAAUGAAAGGGAAUACUAAACGAUAAUGAUUGGCUAAUAUUUAUGUCUAGCCAAUCAAAUCAAAAAGAAAUAAUUAAGCUGAUAAGAGACAGACUGCUCAACAAUCAUAAUCAAGAAUCAAGCACAACUGCUCAACAGCAAGAAAAAGCUUAUGAUUUCAAUGUUGUGAAUGUGAAACGAAUUUUAUGUUGUAUAAAGUACGUGAAAAAUACAUGAAAAGUAACAACAAAGUCUAGUUUAUUCAAGUAAUCUGUUCAAAUUGUGUUAGGAGUAUUUUUUACUAAGAAAUCCCAACUGCUUGUGUCAUUUUAGUCAUGUGUAUUGAAGUGUUUACGGCUUCUACACUCGAGAGUUCUAACGUGUCUUUAUUUGAAAUAUGGCUUAUUACAAUGCCGGCAAUGUUGUAGCUGUAACUAACCUACCUGAACAAAUUGAAGAUACAAAUAGUACAGACGAUCUUACUAUAAUACCUUUAGAAAAAGAUAGUUUCGCAAUAUGCGAAUUGUGCGGUCGCGUUGGCCGUCGGGGACAAUUCUACCCAAGAAACAAUAAGUUUUGUUCGCUUAGAUGUCACGCGAGUAAUUCGAGGAGACGACAUUGUAAUUGGAGGUUCAGAUUGAUGGAAGGAGCCGAACACAUGGCGGGUAUGAUCCCAUUGGAGCCACUGCCACAGCUGCAGCACUGGCAGUCCACAAUAAACGAAUUGCAGGCUGGACCAAUAAAACAAUCAGCUGCUUUAGUAGCAAACAGUUAUGAAUGGAAGGAUGAAUUAUUUGGUUGUGAUUUCCUUGCUGCCCCAGUGAGUUUAUUCAAGCAUGCUCCGUUACAUGAAAUGUGGGACAGCACCUUUGAGGGUAUGAAAGUAGAAGUAAAAAAUACAGACUGUGAAAACUAUUCAGACAAACUUAGUGACUAUUUCUGGGUGGCUACAGUAUUAAAAGUAAAAGGAUACAUGGGUCUUCUACGCUAUGAAGGAUUUGGCAGUGAUGAUUCUAAAGACUUUUGGGUGAACCUUUGUUGCUCUGAAGUCCACCCUGUUGGGUGGUGUGCGACAAGAGGGAAACCUCUAAUACCUCCUCGUAGUAUUGAGGAUAAAUAUACUGAUUGGAAAAAAUUUCUUGUAAAGCAACUAACUGGCGCGCGAACUCUGCCCGCGAACUUCUACACAAAAUUAAAUGAUAGUCUUGCAUCUAGGUUUUCUAUUGGUGUCCUUAUGGAAGUCGUUGAUAAGAAUAGAAUUUCACAAGUCAAGGUAGCUACAGUAUGUGAAAUAGUAGGCAAACGAUUACACGUAAAAUAUUACGAUAGUACACCAGAGGACAACGGCUUUUGGUGUCACGAGGACUCCCCACUAAUACACCCUGUAGGCUGGGCCUUCAGAAUUGGGCAUCCUUUGGACGCACCUCCUAGUUAUUUGCAAAGAGUAGCUGCUGGUCGGCUUAUACCCAAUGAUAGUACGCCAGACAUGUUUUACAAGUACCCAAGUAAUGAGCCACCAUUGUUUGCACAAGGAAUGAAGUUGGAAGCCAUUGAUCCUCUCAAUCUAUCAGCAGUUUGUGCUGCGACUGUGAUGCAGAUACUGAAUGAAGGGUAUAUGAUGAUCAGGAUAGACUGUUACCCAGCCGAUGCGUCUGGUGCGGAUUGGUUCUGCUAUCAUCAAAGAUCGCCGUGUAUAUUCCCUGUUGGUUUUGCACAGGCUAAUAAUAUACCUCUUGUACCUCCUGCUGGGAUUACAGUAGAGGAGUUUAGUUGGGAGUCAUACUUGGCGGUGUCUGGUGGACAGCCGGCCGACCGCUCGUUGUUCGCAGCGCGAGGUCACGUGGUGUCGCACGGGUUCGUGGCCGGCAUGAGGUUGGAGUGCGCCGAUCUCAUGGAUCCACGACUAGUCUGCGUUGCUACCGUUGCCAGAGUUGUUGCUGAUUUACUCAAGGUUCACUUCGAUGGAUGGGGCAUGGAGUACGACCAAUGGUUGUGGGCGCACAGUACGGACGUGUACCCCGUGGGCUGGUGUCGCGCGGUGGGCCACAGACUGGAAGGGCCGCUACAACCACCGCCCCGCCCGCCGCGCAAACAUCCGCCAAAACAACCGAGACGAAGGCGUAAGCAACAAGGUUUAAAAUCAGCAGCUCAACCUCCAAACACAACGGAGGAAAGCUCACAGAAUUCCGACAUGGGUGAUACCAAGAGCCUUUCUCCUCCUACUAGCGUAUCUGAAGUAUCGCCAGAUGCGGAACCUCGGAUUGAAACCGACUCCACGCUAACGAAAAUGGAUGUGGAUUUGGAUAUGGAAUCUAAGGAUAGUAUUAUUGAACAGCCUGAAGAAACCAUUGCCGAUAUGAAAGUAGAUAGUCCGAAUACACCUACAGACAAAUCCCCAACCACACCUACGGAUAUAUCACAACACACACCAACAGACAUAUCACAAGAUUCAAAUUCAAUUCCAAACAUAGCACAACUAUCCCCAGCUGUUUCCAUGGAAGAUACGGACAGUGACAAGGUGAUACCUAGACUAGUCAAUACCUCAGUGCCCUUAGAUGUCCUAACCUCCGUCGACCCAGAACAUUGGAGCACAGCUGAUGUUGCCAAAUUCCUCACAGUCAAUGACUGCCAACCUUACUGUAUCAACUUUACCAAUAUAACUGGUCCAAUGAUGCUACAGCUAACAAAAGACGAAAUCAUCGAACUGUUAGAAAUGAAAGUAGGUCCUUCAUUAAAAAUAUUUGACUUGAUACAACAAUUAAAAUGCAAAAUAAAACAGCCUCAGAGUAGAUUGCUAAAUAGUUUUAAAUAGUGUUUAUUUGAAUAAGCUGCCUCACUACAUGUUUGUAAAGUUCUGUUGCACUGGCUAUCAGUUACAUGCCAUAAUAUUUUCCUCAAGGGUAAUCUUUUAAUGUCCUGGACUUGACCUCUCAGUGUUGUAUUGAGUGUUCUACAUAUCUCAGGACAGGACUCCUUGUACCUUUGUUAAACACUAUAAAGGAAUAUAGUUCCUUAUACAGGAUAGCAUGUAAACUUGGAAAUAAAAGUCCAAUCAUGAACUUGAUAAUACAAACAUGCAGUGAUGCAACUUAUACACAUUAGUAAUUCAAAUUUGAAAUAUUAUUCCCGCCUAUAUUUUGGUGUCGCAUAAUAGCCCGGUGUUGUUUGCAAAUCGGACAGUCACCAGAAUUUGAUAUCACAAUUUGUGUGAAAGACAUUUUUCGUCUUUUAUAUUCGCCAAUUAUUUUUAUUUAUUAAUUUUCUUUGAAGUAUGAAUGGCUUUGAGAGUUUUACGAAGCAAUGUAGGUAAAUUAUUAUGGCUCUUUUCAAAGCAUGUGUGGCAUUUUGAGUCACUUGGCAAAUCCAUUGAACAAUUUUAAAAUGCCUAGGCAAUACCACAUCUAUCCCUUUUGGAUGAAAGAAUCGACUAAUAUUGCCAUAGAAAAGCAUGUUUGCAUGUUUUAAGAAGAUAUUUUCUUACAAUUUAAUAUUGUUAUGGCUCAUUAACGUUUAUGGUUGUUAUGUUUACUCAUACUGUGAUCGUAGUUGAGUAAUAGUCAAAUGUCAGUUUUACCAUCUUACACAUUUAUAUUAUCACACCAUACUUGGCUUGGCUUUUAAUACAUAAGGUCCAUUCCAUGUGUUGUAUAAUGAAUGUUCUAAUUAAGCUAACAUGAAUAUGUUAUGCAAUUGGUUUCAUGUCAGUCUUAUUUUGUAACUUUUAGAUUAUUAUAGAAACUUGCAUAUGCAAACAAUGAGUUAUUUUACUAUUUUUUCUGUGUAAUUUUAAUUGAUCUCGAUUUUAAAUAAAGCUAAAUUGCAUGUUGCCUUUACAAUUUUUAGCUUGAGCCAAAUUAAUUAUAGUGUUAACCAGUCAAUUUUAUUUAAUUUAAAGGUGAAACUGGACAAAAUCAAUGUGGCAUAGUAAAGAAACUCGCAUGAACUUAUAAAGUAAUAAUUAUACAAUGUUACUGAGUAUUUUUAUAUAAGAGUUGUUAACAGAUAUGUGUUGUCUACAUUAUAUAUUUGUGAAUAUGGUAUUCAUAGAACCUGCCCCAAUUCCCUCACAAUACCACUAAAGCAAUAAGUAAUAAUAUAGCAUAGUCAAAUCAUCUGUAUUUUAGUCAAUAUGUAUUGAUAAAUCUGUAUUUUGUAAUAGUCAAUUUUAAAAUCAUGAAUUUGGUAUGUGUGUGGUUGAAAUGUUAAACUAAGAUUCCGUUUCUGAGCACCGAAUUUUACCUAGGUAGUGACGAAAUGAGUUGUAAAUAUAGUUUUUAUAGCAUUCCUCAUUUUGUUGCAACAAAUUGGUAUUAUUUAGAAGACAAAGGUGACAAAUGGGAUUUUAAAUUGAAACAGUUUUAUGCUUAGACAAAGAGUUAUAUUCAGUGAUAAAUACAUUGCCUUUUUAGAGACUUGAAUAAGAAUUUAUAUCAUUUAGUACCAUCAACAUUGUACUGUAAUAGUUUUAAUGUCCUGGUAUUAAAUUGAAAGUAUAA